GCAGCGCUCAGUAGUGGAACAUCUUCCAGUGAGGCAGGCGGGGAAGCAGCAUCAGCCACGCACCAGGAGCCUCGGUGCGGGUCACACGUUCACCGCAGCGCCCCGAUCUGAACUAACGUGAAGGAUUACUGCGCCGAGCCGCUUUUUUUUAUGCGCUCCACCACUCCGCUUUGUUUCUGUUUAUUAUCCUGGAGGAGACGCGUCACUGCGGCUUAUCAAUUCCCCCUUCUCCAGAACUGGGAAUUACAAUGAAACAUGUAAGGUGACACAUUUGGUGUGGGAUCACUGGGAACUGGGAGAAGAAAACCAAGCAUGAAAACUGCUGAAGCUGCGGCCGACCCAGAGUGAACCGUCUGAUCAGAACCAUCUCAUCGCAUCUAUUGGGGGAAAUUUUCCCAACUUCCCUUCUUUCAAAUCUCCCAUUCCUGUUUCACAUUUCCUUUUACUAGUUGCUCGUUUUUUUCUUUUAUUUUAAUGGCCUGGAUGAAGAUUUUCGAUUUUUUUCUUUAUCUUCCUCUCUUUCUUUGCCAACAAGACCAAAAGCAGAUGCCAAACUGACUGUGUUAAAAGAGAAAGCAAAAAACAACAACUAAUGGAAAAACUUUUCUCUACAUAAUCAAGUAUUUAGUCAAACCAGCCUCAGCUCCUGAUUUAUUUACCAACAUAAACCUUUAAGUCAUCCUCCCUUUACAACCUCUGACAUCAUAUUUAUUUGCUUCUGACUGCGCAGUGUUCGCUGCUCUUAGUGCUAAAACUGCGUGAUUUCUCCUGCCAAGACCAUAAUCAGUGCAUUAUUGGUUCAAAGUGCUUUAUAAACCCAGUGACAGAGGAAGCGUGUGUUGAGCAGCGAUAAUUCUCUGACUCCGUCUGAAGAUUUUAUUUUUAAUCAGAACGGCGUUUUGACUGACGUUUAACACGAGCCACGUUUGACCAGAUAAAUCCACAACCGCCAUCAUCAUCGCCGCUGCUGCUAUCUGAGAAGCUUAGACGUACACUGUCCUCUCAGUCUGCGCUGUGAAACACUUUGCCUAUCUCCUUCUUCCAGUUGCUUACAUCAGAGAGGCCUCUCAGCCAUUGUCGUCUUGUUUCUUCCAUAUGUUGAGCUCGAUUAGCGACGUUUAAGCCCCCUUUAUCAAGUCCCAGUGAGCUCUUGACUACUCUCCUGUUUACUUUAGGAAAAUAAUGCAAUUUAAAACCUUUCACUCUACUCGUCUUUCUAGAUAAAAGAAAAACAAUUUUUUAAGCAAAAAAAAAAAAAAAAAGAGCCAAACCUGAAGCCAUACUGAACACCAGCCAUACAGAUAACUUUAACAUUUGCAAAACUCCUCACAGCAUUUUAGCUUUUCGUUUUAUAACAAAGUGAUCUUCGUCAUCUUGGUGCACGCAGACACACGUUCAGGGAAUCCAUGAGGAAACUGUUGGUUCCUCCGUUGGGGUGAAAGAGGAGCCUCUGUGAUUCGUGUUUUUUUCUAAGGCAUUUUUUCUAGUCUGCGGCUUUGAAUCGUGGCAGCCACGGUGACCACGUCUAGUUCCCCUUCUACGUCACGUGUUCCUCUGCAUUGACGGAUGAAUCCAGACAGUUUCAUGUCUGUUCUGUGGGCAGAACCUCGCUGCCCUGCUAGAACCGGGCCCAAGCCCUCCUUUGUUCUCUUCUGUUGGGCCAAGCUAAAUUCAGAGCAGAGACACUCGCGCAAAGGAACUGAACGCACAUAGAUCUGUGCUUUUUUGUUUUGUUUCUUCGGUUCCUCUAAGUGGUUACCUGCUUCCGUUCUGAACGAUUAGAUAUGCCAGUUUAACGGACUGAUCUGCUUCUUCCAGAACGUCUUUCCUGAAAGUCUUGAAGCUGCUUAAUGCUGUUCCUUUACCUUAUAUUCAUUUAGCACCAUCAGAGCUCACAGCUUUUUAAAUCCCGUGUUUAGACCAAACCUCUAAGCAUACACACCUUUACUGAGCCUCGUUCUCCAAGUUCUUUAGUAGAGCUUAUUAUGGAGAUUGAAAGAGUGAUGUAGAAAACCCACAAACUGAAGAAGCUUGUGCCAAAUUCGAUCUCUGAAGCUGCCACCACUGUUGUUUACAGACUCUCAGCCUGAAGCUACAUUGUUUUCUUUCCGUGUCUGAUUAGUAUAUUUUCGUUGGAUAACAGAAGUGCCAAACUCCCGGAAGAACAGAUCCAGCAUCAUUUGGUUGGAGCGAUUUGAAGUUUACAUACAACGCUAAAUGUUUACAGUCCACCGUUUCCAUAGCAGCUUCUUACGUGCCAAACAGAGCUUCUAGAAGCGGCGUCCUCGUCGGUCAUUCUGUUCAGAGUUUACAGUUUUCCUCAAACUCUUUUUUGUUUACAGUAAACGUGUAAAUACUGCCACUCUGAAACAGUCUGAGUUUUGGCCAAGAGGAAGAAAAUGCCACUCUGAGAGCUGAGGGACCCUAACUGAUUAUCCAGACCCCAGUGCCAUUCGACAAAGUGGCUUUGUGUUGUUAACGUUGGCUGGUUACAGGGCCUACACCCCUGAUGGACCUCAAUGUUUACACAAACUGCUAUUGGAUCGGUUUGUUUGCAUAGAAAUGUUUACAUUCUGAUGAACGAGUGAAAUGCCAAACACAUUCUUGGAUCAGCUGCUGAACGGCACCCCAACGCCGUGCAUCUGAACUGAAAAAUUUUUCAUCUCAAAGGUUUUGACACUUCAGAGGGCUGCCAUCUUGGAGUUGGACUCUGAUUUUUUUUUUCCUGAAUCCCGACUGAAGAACCUAAACCCAGAACAAUGAAACCCACGCUGUCAAAAAGGAGGAUUUCCUCCUGUGUCAUCCUGCUGCUUUUACUCUGCCUCCCCGUUUUCCCCCUAACAAUUACCGUGAAGCGACGAGGUGGCGACGGCGACCAAAGUACGCUCGAUAGCACCAAAGGUUCCGCUGGUAAAACGAGCAGCACCUUGUUCCUUUUGACGGGCUACAAGGCCGCACCCUCUGGAGGAUCCGAAGUGGCACUGAAAGCGGCCGAGAUGGAGGACGAUGAUGAUCCGCCAGCGGUGGCUGAACUCCCUCCGAAGCCCCUCCCACAGAGGAUGUACCCACGGGACGUGACGGAGAACCCACUGAGGCCUCCGCUCAGUGGGGCCCAGGUGGCACCCCCACUGGUGGAAGGGGAAGUUUGCAGGGGCUACUUCGACGUCAUGGGGCACUUUGACAAUACAUUCAACUGCUCCAAGGAUACGUACGUCUACUGCUGCGGUACCUGCCAUUACCGGUUCUGCUGCGAGCACCGGAGGAACCGACUGGACCAGGAAACCUGCACCAACUACAAUUCCCCACAGUGGGCCGACCCGCAGGUCCCCGUCACUGUUUCCUCUGGCAACAAGCACGACCCCGACUUUGAGACGCUGCAGCAGCAGAGCAGCAGCACUGGUUAUGUGAUCGGAGGGGUCAUCUCCUUCACGCUGGUGGUGGCUGUGGGUGUCAGGGUCGCCUUCAGCAAGGUGGCGCGUCGACCACGCAACAGAGAGGUCAACAUGCCCAGAUCCCUGGUGGACAUUUUACGUCACCAAUCGAGCCCCGUGCAACAGGGAGAGAGGAACAACGCCGCCAUGCUGACCACCACCACGUCUGACGGGCGCACAUCCAAAAACCUCUACACCCCAGUCCUGCAAAUGAAAGACAACCGCACUGGGAACUUCCACCACCCUUUUAACCAGCAGGGGUCUGCUUCCAGCCCCAAACACUCUGCUACCAUCGAGCGUGGACCCCGUAUGAACAACACCUCCCAGCUGCCGUCUGGAGCUACCCUGAUUUCAGGAAGCGGUAAAGGCACUGGAGGGCCUGGCAUCGGCGGCAUCCUAAGCGGGAGCAUGAGGCACAACAGCAGCCACCCGUCUUUCUCCCACUCCUUCCACAACCUGGCCCAGCUGCCGCCGUCCUACGAAGCGGCCAUGAAACCUGAGCUCAGCCGCUACAGCUCCCUGAAAAAACUGGAGAAAGAGCUUGACGAAUACUCGGGUUAUUACACCUCCAAACGCCGUUCCAACAACGCCCCGCCCUCCUUCCACUCCUCACAGCACCACCUGCCCUGGGGGGGUGACUAUACACUAGGAUCCAGGGGCACUCUGCCGCUCCACGGCUCCCGCCCACAUCUCCACAUCCCGGCUUCCACACCAAACCCCUACCCACUCCCCUCCCAGACGCCGUACACCAGCUCCACCUUCGAUAGGCCGCCUCGCCGCGUUCGCUCCCAGGACCAGCUGCUGGCCCUCGGGGAGGGUAACACCCUGUCCCGCCUGUCCAAGAACCAGCAGCACCAGUACUACAAAGCCAUGAUGAGUACCAGCAGGAGCUCCACAUCACAGACGCUCCGCAGGUCUCAUGAGCGUCUCCUGGUUUCACCCGACCGCCUGGAAGAUCGUUUGAUGACGAUGGGUCUGCCGAUGGGAACGAUGGAGAGAGGGGCGGGAAGCGGGAUGGUUCCCACUAUGGGCCGACUGAGCCACCACCAGAAGGCCCAGUCGCAGCAGAACAUAUGCGCCACGCCGUCCAUGGACCGACACCACAUGAUCAAGAUGAACUCCCACCCGACAUCAGGCCAUGAUCACGAGCGCAGCUCCGCAGCUCUGCCCGUCAUGGGGAUGCACGCCUGGGACUCCCACGGGGGCCACGGCGGAGGAGGAGCGGGGACGGGCGGAGGCCACCCCAGCGCCCGACGCAUGGCCUUCGCCACCAAAAGGCAGAACACCAUCGAACAGCUGCACUUCAUCCCUGGAGGAGGAGGGCAGACGUUGCGGACUGGCAGUAAGAACGAGGUGACGGUGUGAGAGCGGGAGAAAGAGAGACGCACAGGCAAACAAUGAGGAGAAGGAACGUAAAGAAGAGAAACGAGUUUUAACCCCAGCUGGCUGCUCCCCCUUUAAAGAAAAACAACAAAAAAUGUGGUUGAAUACAACAUUUAUGUCUUGUUAGUAAAGCCAAUCGAUGCUAUUCUUGUCACUUUAUGUUUUGAAAAAGAGAAUAUUCAGCCAUUCUUUGCAAAAGGAAGAAAAAAAUUCCUCAUAAAAAGAGCAAAAAAGAAUGCAGCUCAGAGGCUGCUGGGUAUUCGCUGUGACUUUUAUUGAAGGAUAUCCGCUGAGUUGUUGAAUCAUCCUUGAGUUUUAUUGCACUGUCCUCUGAGUCCUCGAGUGCUCUGACAGAAAUUCAUCUGUCGUUGAAUCCACUGUGGAUGGUGAAGAGCGCCGAGCCUGGAGAGAGACAGGUUUGCUUGUUGUUGUAUUUAUAACGAUAUUUAGAACCAAACAAGUUACUUUUGUAUGAAAAUAACUUGAUAUUGAUUAUAACAUGACUGAGCCCUGUAGGAUUUCGUGUAUACUUAGUUGAAAACAUAUUUAUCCUCAAACCCAGCCGGUUUGUAACUUAAUGGCUGAAUUAGACGAUCAUCGCUUUCUGUAGAUGUGAUUGGACUAUUUAUGUCAAACUGCUGAUUCACUCCAGCCAAGUGCAGUUAACUGUCAUCUGUUGGCUUUACGGCUUCAAUAAUUAAAGAUUAAAAAUGAAAGAUUUAGGAGGAAAACAACACCAAUGCCACCUCAUACUGCUGCAAUAAAGGCCCAGUCACACCAGCACUCCACAAGAAAACCAAGUCAGAGGUCCAAUUAAAUAACCACUCGCCAUUUUGUUAGAUUUCUUCCUAUUCUGGCAUGAAGGAGGGCAUUUUUACCCAUUUACUCACAUUCUAAAUCCUCAAACACAAAAAAUCAAUUGGAUGAAAAACUUCUGUAGGUUUCCAAAUAAAAUAUUUCGUGUUGUUUCUGUGCUGUUUUAUCAUAUUUUAGCCUUGUUCUCUACCAGUUUUCCAAAAAAGAGAUGCACUGAUCAGGCUCUGACCGACCGAUGCCGAUUCCCCAUUUUCAUUGAGCUCAGACUUGACAAUCAAGCUGUUCUUUUUCAGAAAUAUAAUCAAUAAUUUUAUGUAAACAUUAUAAAUAUUAGAAAAAAAAAAUUAUAGAGGAAGUAGAUCUAAACAUAAACUUUACAGCAGCAUUACACGUACUGUUUAUUUUUGAGCUCUCAGUUUUGCUGUUAUUACCCAAAAAUGAGACAAGCAUGUAUUCUUUUAAUAUUUGAACAAUUAAACACUGGUAAAACAAUGAGGAAAACAAUCAAGGAGGAAAACUGGCUGCAGAAUUGAUUGGUGAAAAAGUUUAAGGCAAUGAGCCUUUAAAUGUCUUGGAGAAGUGGAGAAUGUCCAGCCAACCUCAAAGCUGAACUCAAAGGUUGAUUUGCCACUUUUCUAAUUGCUUAAAUCCAUGUAACAGCUAAUUACGUAUUUUCUUUCAUUUGUAGUUUUAAAAGCCCCAACAUACAUCUGUGCAAAGCCAAAUUUGUGCAUAGUAUUUCUCACCAGGAUAGAGUAUUUACAAUUAAAUGUUUAAACUCAUCAAAUGAUACCAUGGAAAUGUGCAAAAUAAAGGCAUUUGUCUUGAGAACUUUAGAAAUUGACACACUUGACUAUAAAGGCUAAAGUUUUCUCGUAAUUAUGUGGGAGCCUUAAGGAAUUACGGUACAAAAAACCUAUUUGACCAAGCUGGCUGUUAUAAAAGGAUUUUUUUAAACAGGACCCAAGCUCAAAUCAAAGUUAAAGGUAGUAAUUUAUAUUUAACUAAGGUAGCACAUGAUGACGUUAGAAUGUUAACCAUUAAUGCAGUUCUGCAUCUAUCCUCUGCAGCAUGAUGAAUCCAAUUCGUAAUGAAAUUAUCCUGGUAUAGAUAUUUAUUUAAUAUGGAAAGGUCGGGUAUGAAACGACAAAAAACUAAAAAUUAAAAAUGGCAAGGUUGCAAAAUGACCAGAACUAAUCUUUUUUUGUUGUUUUUGCAUUUUGACAUGUUUGUUUUUUUAUGUAAACAAUGCUGCCACCUAUUGGCCUACUUUGGGAUUUUCCUUGAUAAGUUAAAUUUUGUGGACUAUAUAAAAAAACAAACAAAAAAAAAACUUUUUUCCACUGUUUCAAAUUGAGUAUCUGCAGUGGCAUAGAGCCUGAUAAUAAUAACAAUGAUCUAAAUUAAUAUUUAUCAGUAGAAACUCGGUGACGCUUGUGUGGCUGGGCCAUAAAAUGAAUUUUCAGUACGUAAUCACUUUUUAAGCAAACUUAAAGCCUUGUACAGUUGAUUCUACUGAGUGUAAAUUUAUCAAACGUAUUAGUGAGAAUGUUUGGAAUUAGACCUCUCUCUCAUUAAAAGCAACCAAUCUGUGAAUAAACACCCCCCCCGGCAAUUUUUCAGACAUUUAAACAGUACCUGGUAAAGUUUAGGGCUUCUUAUUGCAGCACACUGGCAUUGAAGAGACCCUCACGUUCCGUUCGUCCACGACGCCACACGCUUCCUGCAAGUUCAGCUGCUCACCUCGCACGAAGGGAAGGGAGGCAGACGGGUUUGAGCCGGGGGAACAAUGGACACAUCACACUAAGGGCUAUACUGAAUUUAUCUUUGUGUGUCUGUGCUUUACACGGUGUCUGCUUCUCAUUUUAUUUUUUUUUAUCUGUUGGGAGGCAUGCUAGUGCUUAUUUCCACCGAUUUAUUCUUUUUUUUAUGUGUAAAGAGAAAAGAAAAAUGCAGGGGAAUUCUGCAAAAAUACUAAUUUUGUUGAAUAUUGUUGUGGGGCUUGGAGGUUUUCACUAAGAUGUCAUAUUUUUGGAAUUUUUGUUUCUCUGCUGAUGAGAUGGACCUCCUGGCCAUGCUGGCUGGAUUUUUUUUUUCAUAGUAGAGUUUGAUAAAGACUGAUAUGACUGAUUAUUGAGUGAUGCUUCCUGCCAGCCAUUUGUAGUUUUUUUUAUUUGAUUUUGUGUAGUCUUGUGUUAUCGGUUUGAUGAAAAAACCCGACCGCCCCAAAUGAGACACAGUGAGCACUCUUAUCAUGAUCUCCUCAUUUAAACAUUUAUUUUUUUAAACUCUGUGAAUUUUAAUGUAUAUGCCUGAAAUUUCAACUUUGCAACUUUAUAGUGGAGAUAAAAAAUAAGAAAUAAAAAAGACAGGGGAAACCAAUUUAUUCAUGGGAACAAAAAGAGUUGAUGCAAUCAUGAAGAAAAGACAGGCCGCAUGAUGAUGUCAGAAGCCAGUGUUAGAGAUGUCAUGCUGACUUAGAUGUCACGGCGUGUAUGUGUCUUAUUGUACAUGAGUCUGUUUAAAAUUUGUGUCCCUGUGUGUUCAAAUCCUGGUCUUUCUUCAUUAUAGGAAUGCUGAAUCUUUAUUUUGAUUAAAAUGGAAGGCGAUACUUUGACCCAAGCUACAAUUGUCGUUCAUAUCAACCAGUUCGUUUUUUUGUCUUCCACUUUUACCACUUUUAUUUUUUCGAUUUUUCUAGGAGGGACGUUAAUAACUCAUGCCACUUCAAUUUGAACUUUUUUCACCAAAGCAAGGAAUUUUUUAAACAUUUCAAAUUGUACAUUUUUAAAGACUUAUAUGGUGACAAGUUUUAGUAGUUUUAAAGAACUGAGUGCAUUGAUUUAUCGCAUGGUUCAUCAGUUUGUGUCGCUGAUGUUUGACUGAUUCGAUUUUUAAUGCAGCUUAUUCAUUUGUGCUCAUUUUGAAAAGAGUUUUAAGGGUAAAGAAGUCGGAAAAGUUGUGGUACUUGCAGGGGGCAUCAAACAUAGAUUUCAUGUUUUGACGCAACAAACGCUGUUGCUGAAAAUAUGUUGUUGCCCGCCUUACUUGCUUUUAAUGAACUAGGAGGAGAAAAAAAGAAGAUGUUGAAACUUUAUGAAAUUUUUUGAAGUCUAACUCAUGCCUCCUCAUCCCUUCAGAGGUCUUUUACUGUUGUUGUAAUCCAUGUUGAGUUAAUGGUUCCCUUAAUGAAGCUGUGUGCCUGUAUGUAUGUGUGAGUGUGUUAACCCAGGGUUGGGGAGGGGGGCAUGGGCAUAUUUGUAUUCUCAAAGCUACUCUGCAUACCUCAAACUGUAUGAUAAAUUAUUUAUAACAUUCCCUUAUAUGUCUAUUUCCAAGAAUAUCCCAACAAAGGUCUCACAGAUGUGCAACCCUUUUGUUAUUGGUGAUCAAUUCUUGCAUUUGUAGAAAUCAUACUGUUUAAAUGAUAACAAUAAAAAAUGUA